GGGACUCUAAAACGGUGCCGUUACGCUUCUCGUCGUCGUCGCGCUUCGAAAACUCUCUCUCCCCGUUGGGUUCAGGUUUAGGUGGAAAACGAUGCGUCGUCGUCGUCUUCACAAGCCGACGCCGCCAUGAGAGCAUUGGAGAUUUAGAUGAACUCCAAUCCUCUCUCUUCUUCUGACGAUGAUAAGGAUUUGGAACAACCACACGGGAAAACACAGAUUCUUUCUCUCUAAUUCCCGAAAACGACCCGAUGAGAGCAGCAGCCUCUUGAUCUCACAACGCAGAUUCUCCUCAGAUUCACCUCCGAGCAAGACUCGCGUUUACGUCUCUCUCUUCCACACUCUCUUCCGUCUCUACCUAAGAUGCGGGAGGCUCCACGGAGCAGCGAGGACGCUCUCCGCGAUGUGCACCCUCGGGGUCGCUCCCGAUUCGCGUCUCUGGAACACCUUACUCCACCGUUUCAAUCUCAACUCUUUAGCACCACCUCACCACCACACUGUAUCGUUGGUCUACAGCAAGAUGAUAGCUUUCGGUGUUCCCCCCGAUGUCUCUGCUCUCAACGCGCUGAUCCAUUCCUUCUGCAAAUCUGGUCGGUUGAGAUCAGCUUUUAGUUUACUUAGAAACAGAGUAGUCACCGUCGAUACCGUCACUUACAACACUGUCAUUAAAGCCUUAUGCGAACACGGUUUCGUUGAGGAAGCUUAUGGUCUUCUCUCCGAGAUGGUGAAGAGAGGUGUGCCGCCGGAUACGGUCAGCUACAACACUCUGAUCGAUGGGUUUUGUAAAGCCGGAGACUUUGCUAGAGCCAAGGCUCUGGUCGACGGAAUCAUCGGGGAGGUGAACCUCGUGACUCACACUAUACUCAUAAGCUCUUACUAUAGUAGUCUCCACGCCAUCGAGGAAGCCUACAGGGAUAUGGUCAUGAGCGGGUUUUACCCGAAUGUUGUUACUUUUAGCUCGGUUGUUAACCGGUUGUGUAAAGACGGGAGAGUGGUUGAAGCGGGGUUGCUGCUGAGGGAAAUGGAGGAGGUGGGUGUGUAUCCGAACCUUGUAACUUAUACUACUCUUGUUGAUUCGUUGUUUAAAGAGGAAUGUUGUGGGGAGGCUUUGGGUCUCUACAGUCAGAUGGUUGUGCGUGGGGUUCCUGUAGAUUUAGUUGUGUAUACUGUUUUGAUGGAUGGUUUGUUUAAGGCUGGAGAAUUUAGGGAGGGUGAGAAAACGUUUAAGAUGCUUUUGGGAGAUAAUAACUUGGUUCCAAAUGUGGUUACUUAUACGGCUUUGGUUGAUGGUUUGUGCAAAGCCGGGGAUUUAAGCGGUGCUGAGUCUGUGAUAACGCAGAUGUUGGAGAAAAGUGUGUUUCCGAAUGUUGUGACUUACUCUAGUAUGAUAAAUGGCUAUGUGAAGAGAGGGAUGCUCGAAGAAGCUGUUACGGUCAUGAGGAAUAUGGAGGACCAUAACAUUGUGCCGAACGGUUUUACUUAUGGUGCAGUGAUUGAUGGCUUGUUUAAGGCAGGGAAGCAAGAAGUGGCUGUUCAAAUGAGUAAGGAGAUGAAACUUCUUGGGUUGGAGGAAAACAACUACGUACUUGAUGCUCUGGUGAAUCAUUUGAAGAGGACUGGUGGGGUUAAGGAAGUUAAGGGAUUAGUCAAAGACAUGGUAUCUAAAGGAGUGACGCUGGAUCGUAUUAACUACACGUCCUUAAUUGACGUGUUCUUCAAAGGAGGAGACGAAGAAGCUGCUCUAGCUUGGGCUGAAGAAAUGCAAGAGAAAGGGAUGCCAUGGGAUGUUGUUUCUUACAAUGUCUUGAUCAACGGGCUGUUAAAAGUUGGCAAAGUCAGAGCAGACUGGGCGUACAAAGGAAUGAAAGAGAAAGGUUUAGAACCAGAUGUCGCUACGUUUAACAUAAUGAUGAGUUCACUACGAAAGCAAGGGGAUCUCGAAGGUGUCGUUAACCUUUGGGAUAAGAUGAAGAGUCAUGGAAUAAAACCUAGUCUGAUGAGUUGCAACGUUGUGAUCGAAACGCUAUGUGAAAAGGGUAAGAUGGAGGGAGCAGUUGACAUUUUACAUCAAAUGAUCUUUAUGGAGAUCCAUCCUAACUUCACGACGUACCGAAUUUUUCUCGAGGCAUCUUCAAAGCAUAAAAGAGCUGACGUGAUAUUCAAAACACACGAGAAACUCACGAGCUGUGGAGUUAAGCUCAGUAAGCAAGUAUACAAUACUCUUAUUGCAACUCUGUGCAAACUAGGUAUGACGAAAAAGGCAGCUAUGGUUAUGGAGGAUAUGAAAGAGAGAGGUUUUGCUCCUGACACUGUGACGUUCAACGCCCUUAUGCAAGGGUACUUUGUUGGCAGUCAUAUAGGUAAAGCUCUUUCGACAUAUAAUGUUAUGUUGGAAGAAGGAAUAUCCCCCAAUGUUGCAACCUAUAACACUAUAAUAAGAGGUCUCUCUGAUGCUGGGCUAAUCAAAGAGGUGGAAAAAUGGCUGAGUGAGAUGAAAAGCAGAGGUAUGCGUCCUGAUGAUUUUACAUACAAUGCUUUGAUCUCUGGUCAAGCUAAGAUGGGGAAUAAGAAAGAAAGUAUGACGCUGUACUGUGAGAUGAUCGCCAACGGGUUGGUACCGAGAACCAGCACUUAUAAUGUGCUUAUCAGUGAGUUUGUUAGAGUUGGGAAGAUGCCACAGGCGAGAGAGCUGAUGAAGGAGAUGGGUAAGAGAAGAGUGAGCCCCAACACUUCGACUUAUUGUACUAUGAUAUCCGGUCUGUGCAAACUUUGCACUUAUCCGGAAGUUGAGUGGAAUAGAAAAGCAAUGUACUUGGCAGAGGCAAAAGGGUUGUUAAAAGAGAUGAUUGAAGAGAAGGGAUAUAUUCCGUGUAAUCAAACUGUUUACUGGAUAAGCGCUGCGUUCUCUAAACCUGGGAUGAAGGUUGAUGCUGAAAGGUUCUUAAAGGAGUGUCACAAGAGAAUGAAUGCUCGUUCCCCAAAUUCGUGAACCGGAUAUAUACACUACAAUUGCCAGAUUUGGCUCCAAACAGGACAUCUAUUGUGAUUUCACAACUGGGGCUGUUGCUGGAUGAGAUUAUGGCACAUCACCACCAUAGUGCUUCUUCAGUUAUAUGUUUCGGUUAAAACCAAACUGCACGAGCCAGAACUAUUCCUGAGAAUAUUCGUUGAAUUUCAUUGUAGCAAAACGGGCAUGGCGGCUGCUUUGAAGAGGCAAAGAGUAUUUGAUCUAGCUGGUUUCUGGAUUGGAACUAGUGAGUGGUAAAGCGGCACUGAAGAAGAAAUCUAUGUUUCUUAAUGGAUUUGCCUUAAAAAAAGCAGCUUCCUCAGGCCAAACAAACAGGACGACUAAGUUCAUGUUUUGGUCUCUUGAUGGAAGCCGUACUAAAAAGCUUGGGAUUUCCUCAGGAGAAGGAUGGAAGCUUCUGGAAUGGAUUCAGUGAACACAAGACUGUUCACAAUCAUACUCCUUGUUUGGGCUACACUACACUAAUGUUUCUUUUUGCUCAGAAAAUCAUCAAUAAACCAUAGCAAUAUGAUUGAUACCUCAGAUGAAUAAUUAUUUUCAUUUGUAUUACAAUGAUUAUGUCAGAAUCAGAGAUUUUUUUUC